CGGCUUCAUCUCGGAGACAGCGGCGGAGGAGGACCAGAACGACGGAGGAGGACCAUCACGACGGAGGUGGAAGCAGUAAUUCGUCGACGAGCAGGAUGGACCAUCUUGCUGUUCGAUUCCAUGUUCGUGGUAAAUUGGAGUAUGAUGGGAAGGAGUGGAACUAUAUUGGUGGAAGGAUUGGGCAUUCAACAGUGGAAGUUUUAGACCUGUCAAUAGAAGUCCUGAAGUUGCAUUUGCUUGAAUUUUUGGUAAUAUCUGAUGAGGAUUUGGAGGAUACUACUCUGAGUUGGAGACUGAUUGAUAAUGAAAGAAAUUCGAGAUGCAUGUGCAGGCUUGAUGACGACAGUAAUGUGAAGAACAUGGUUAAGCAUGUGACAAGAGUUGCAGCUGGGUUUGUUGAGAUAUUUGCAGUAAGUCCAGAAAGACACGGAUUUGCUAGUUCAGAUGAGGAGGAAGAAGCAAUGGUAAUAGAGGAGAAAGAAGAGCAGCAAUGCCAGCAUGAGCAACAAGUUGUGACAGAGCAUCAAGUUCAGGAUGAGGAAUAAGUUCUGACACAGCAGCAACUUGAGAUAAUGCAGAUUAAGAUGGAGCAUGAACACCAAGUGGAGUAUGAGCAACAAGAAGGGAGACAAAUUGAGCAUCUAGAUGAGCAAUUUCUGUAGGCAUUUGUUCCAAAUAUAGCAAGAAAAAUGCCAGUUGUGAGGGCACCAUUGCAGGUGCAGGACAAAGGCAAAGAAAUUGAAAUUGACAGUGCAAAUGGAGGAGAUGAUGCUGAGGACAGAUCAGAUAGUGACUAUGAUGAUUUGCUCGAAGCAGAUAGUGGAGAUAGUAGUGCUGAUGAUGAUGAGGCACUAUUUUACAGGAAGUAUGCAGAAGAACUGAAACAGAGUGUCAGAAGGCAAAUGCUUGGAGAGGACAGGGCUAAAGUGAAAGAAGAUUUUAUUAUUCCAGAGAAUAUUAAAGAAGCAGAAGAAGAGGGUAGUGACUGCUUUGACAGUGAUGACAAUCUUUCAUUUGAUGAGGACAGUGAUGGAGAAGUGAAAACAAGUAGGACAAAACACAGAGUAUAUGAUCAGACUGCUGAAGUGAAAGAGUUUGAGGUUGGGCAAUGCUUCACUGACAGUAGAGAGUUCAAGCAAGCACUUGUCAAUUAUGGAUUAAAAGAGCACCAUCAUUUGAGAUUUACUAAGGAUGAGAGGACUAGAGUUCUUGCCAAAUGCAGUUGGGUGAGUUGUCCAUGGUCCAUAUACGGCUCACUUGUACCCAGUAGGUCGCAGUGGUUCACUGUCAGGAGGUGGAGGAUUCGACGAGGAGGUGCCCGGAUUUUCGCCGGCGGCGGGUGGAGGAAGAACGGGGAGGAGGUCAACGCGGCGUGUGGAGUGCGGGCUGGACGCGGCGGGUGGAGUGCGGUGCGGCUCGACCAGGUGCGGUCCGGCUCGUCCAGGUGGCGCAAAACCUGCCAGCGUGGCGCAAAACCACCUGCAAAACCAGCAAUUAUCAGCCAGGGGGGUAAUUUGUCCGGUUUUGUAUAGUUAGGGGGGUAAUUUGCCCCACUUAAUAGUUAGGGGGGGUUAGUGUCCCUAACCCAAAACUUAUGGGGGUUAUGUGGACU